CACCCGCACACACCCCCACCUCAGUGCAAGUCAAUAACAGAGUGCGAGACAAAGACAAAUCAGGCGGAAUCGAUCUAUCUAAAGUUAAACUCUUCAUUUGUACAGGUAGAACUCAAGACAAACACAGCUUUAACAGACAGGUUCUCUCAGGACUUUUCAUCAGGACUUUAGAUAGUUCUACUUCAAGUAUCUGUGUCCUUUAUCUAUUGCAGCACUACUGGGAUUCUCAUUUAAACCAACAUGUCACAGUUCAGCACUCUUUCAGUGCGUGAGAGGAAGAUGCAGGCAGCUGCCCUUUGCCAUGAGGUUCAUGGUGGUGCCAAUGGGUUUACUAUGGACCUGGGGAAGAAACUUUCCACUCCAAAAGACAUCAUGCUGGAGGAACUUUCUCUCUUGUCAAACCGAGGAUCACGCCUUUUUAAGAUGCGACAGCGAAGAUCAGAGAAAUACACAUUUGAAAGCAUUCAGAAUGAAGCCAACACCAUUUUAAAUAAUGAAAAUCAAGCAAAUGCAGAAAACUCAGAAAAUAAAGAAGUUGCCUCAAAAACACCACCAAACACACCAGAUCCCAGAAACCCAGCAAACCCAGAGGAAAUUGCACCAGGAUAUGGUGGUCCCUUGACAAACAUUCCUCCAGAGAGGUUCAAUGCAACAGCUAUGCCAAAAUCCUACCACUCCCCAUGGGAAGAGGCCAUCAUCAAUGACCCAACUCUGGCCGACACACUUAAAGUUCACAUGCCAGUCCCAGAGCCCAAACUAGAGCUGCCUGACUACAAAAGCUUUAAUAGGGUGGCUACACCAUUUGGUGGUUUUGAAAAAGCUCCACGAGGGAUCACCUUCAAGCUUCCUGAUGUGGACUUGAAUGCGCCUCGAUAUCCUGAGCUCCAGGAUCCUACAGCUAAGCGGCCCACUUUCAACAGGACUGCCCAGGGGUGGAUCUCCGAAGGCAUGUCUCUCAUUUUACCCACUGUCUCUCUGGAGCCUUUCGAGAUCCCUGAGUCUGAAGAUCUGUAACACUGAUUGAAUUCUUCUUGUCCCCCAAGCCCAAUGAGCUUGACUGUGUUAUAAGGUGUUUGUAGAUGUCAUCCAUAGCUUCUGAUUGCAGGCCAGAUUUGUGUUUUAUUUCUUUUCUUUGUAUGUUGAAGUGACUUUUGGACAGCUGUUCUU